AAGAAUUUUAUGGAAGAUAAAGAUAAAACUAAACCAAUGACAUUAAGUCAAAGGAUAAGAAUGGAAUUGUCCCAGUAAUAAGAGGAAAAGAAACCAAUAGAUGGGCCUUAAUUGAUUAAGCAUAAGCCUUCUAGUUAUGAUGAGGAGACAGGAUAAAUGUAUUCAUUUUAUGCAAGUGCAGUAAAUCAAAGUAAAUAAUUUCUUUCGAACAUUUUUGGUGGAACAUAUAUAUCACAAUAUGAAUUUAGUUUUAAACAUAAAUAAAAUGUAAUAAAAUAUGUAUUUGAAAAAAACAAUGUAAUCGCUGAAUAUGUGAGUAAAGAAAUGAGAAAGAGUAAUAAAGAGAUGAAUUUAAAUGAGUUAUUACUAUUGUAAAAUAGAAUGAUGUUAGUUGCUUAAUUAGCAGAUUGUAGAAAUAGAAUAGGAAUUAAUGCUUAUUGUUGGGGUGCUUUAAUGGGAAGUUUAUUUAUGUUAUUGCCAAUUUCAAUAUGGAAAAAAGGUGCAUUAUCAAUGAGUGUAUUUCAUUUAUUUGGAAGUUAUGUAAGUUAAGCAAAUAUAGACAGAGUUUUUGAUAAAGUUUAUCAAUUUUAUGUUAAUGAUUUAGAAGAAUAUAAGAAAGAAAGAGAGAAUAUUACUGUAGGAUAAAUAAAAUAAACAAAACUUGAUAGAAGUUUGGAAGAUGUAAUAUAAAUAUAAUUUUAUAAUUAUUUUAGAAAAGACUAAGAAAGUACUUGCGAGAAAUUAGUAAAUAACAAUGAG